AUGUCGGGACGAUCGCCGCUGCCGCUGUUGUCCACGUGCCUCAAGAAGCGAUAUCAAGAUCUAAACUGUAUAUACGCGUCGGCGUUGGCUGAAAUGGGAAGAGGUAAAGCGAAGUAUCGCAAGGCACGUAUGAUCCGUCAACACGGCACAAAACGACGUCGAGCACCGCUCAAGGCCCUCAGUACAGGGGAUGCUAUUGUCUACGCCCUCGGCGGGCCCUCAUGUUAUGGACAUUAUGCCUAC